AUGGACGUCGCCGUGCUCAGGUAUCUUGAACCGUCGAAAACCAGUCAGGAUGAGGACCUCUUCGAAAACCGUAUCUGGAUUCCGGAUCCAGAUGUUGGCUAUCGACUUGCCUCGGUACUUGACGAUGGCCUUAGAGAUAUAUUGGUCGGAUUUCGUGAUGAUCAAGGGUUCUUUGAAAAGAAACGAAUAGCUCGAGAUGAAUGCGAACCGACGACGUUGAACUCGUUGGCAUCUGACCUCUGCCAACUUACCGAACCAAACGCGGCUACCGUAUUAGACUCGCUUACGAGGAGAUAUCAACAAAAUGUGAUUCAUACUUACUGUGGAUUGUUCUGUGUGGUGUUGAAUCCAUGGCGAAGAUUGCCGAUCUACGAGACUGAAGUGAUGUCCACAUAUCGAAAUGGACUCGCUGACGGGUACCCUCACGUCUACGUGGUCGCCCAAAGCGCUUAUGAUGGUAUUCUUAGAGACGCUUCGCCGAUUAAUUUACUUGUUUUUGCAGGUGGUCGCAAUCAGUCAAUUCUAAUCACAGGAGAGUCUGGUGCUGGUAAAACAGAGAAUACAAAGAGAAUUAUUGAGUAUGUGCUACAGUGUGGCGGUAGUACAACUGACGAGGUGCAUCCUCUGAGAAAUGGGGUCCCGAAUGGAAAAGCGCUGAGCGGCCGUUCAAUAGGAAGUGGUGUUCUAUCGUCCGGUAUACUUCUCGAGGCGUUCGAUCUUUUGGAAAAAUCGCGGGUCGUCAACCAGAACGAGGGAAAUCGAAAUUUUCAUGUUUUCUACCAGCUUUUAUCUAACGCAUUCCCGCAUGAAAUGCGUGAAAAACUAUUACUCACUAAAUCGGCGAGCCAAUACAAAUUCCUUAAUCAAGGCGGCGUGUCGAUCGAUAAGGAGAUCGACGAUGUUGAAAAUGGUGUUUCAACUGAUCGCGUCAUGGAUCGAUUAUCUAUUACUAGUGAGGAAAAGAUGGAAGUAUACACUUUACUUGCCGCUUGCUUGCUAAUCGGUGAGAUCAAGUUCGGAGAGCGUAGCGGUCUUGAUAUAAGUUAUGUGGACGGUAAAGCAGAAAUCGAUGCAGUCACAUCUCUACUCGGUGUGAAGUCAAGUCGCCUAGUGGAUGCACUUACACAGCCGAGCAUACGCGUUGGUGAUAAAGUGAUCAGAAAAAAUCAGAAUAUGCAAAAGGUAUAG